AUGUUGUCUUUAGCCCUCCAAAUGCUAGCUAAUGGUAUUGAAAUGACGCAUGAUCAAAUAACCACGUUAAAUUACUUGGUAGUGUCAAACCUAGGAUUUAAACAUUGUAGAUUAGAUAAAGUUGAUGGAGUUUUAAGUGUAGAUUUUGGAGAAUUUGAAUAUAUGCCUGAUGACUUUUCUCAAAAUAUGAAAAUGCAUAAAAUAGUUCAGGACAAAUUAGACAAAGAACAACUCAAAGAACGAGAAGACAAUGUAAUCAACGCUAUAAGAAAAACAUUCGAACUAAUACCAAAAAAUAUAACAGAAGAGAAUAAACAACUAAUCAUCGAACUAUCAACAUCAUUGUUAAAGCGAGCGCAUAUGUUAACGGUUACUAUACUUGGUACACAAAUUAUUACGACAGGGAAACUUUUGACGAAACACAAAAAUGAUACCAAUACAGUCGCAAAUGAUGACACCGAAGAACUUGACAUGUUUAAGGUUCUUCAAGAUGUAAUUCAAGAUGAACAAAUCACAUAUGAAGAAGCGUCGGGAACAAUUUAUUUGCGAGAUGAACCUGUUCGUGAU